GGUGCCAUGCUCCUACUCCCUACCGUCCGACCUUCUUUGUUUUCUCUGUAAUCUAGACUUUUUUUUCUUUUUUUCUUUUUUUCUCCAUUUUUCCCUUCCUCCCCUUUCUUUCCCCACCGUCAUCCUCCACUGGGGUGGCAUCCGUACGGUAAACCUCGCCGCCGCAUCCCAACCCCCCGUGGUCUGGUCCGCACCACGAUUUGGUGGGUUGCGGUAUUCUUGCCAUGAGCUUGACCUCGCGCGUGUUUGGCCUGUUUACCCCGACAGAGACAACCUCCUCGGACUCCCCGCCGACCGUUUCAUAUUCGAAAACCGCCAGCACCAGCGACCAUGUCUACCAUGCGACUGGCCCGAUAAGGGCAGGCUCCGACCGUGUACAGAGUACCCCGUCAGAAGAUGAGGAAGAGCCUCGACCGCCGUAUCUACAUGCCAUGCUGGCCGGAGGUACGGGUGGUACUUGUGGCGAUAUGCUUAUGCAUUCCCUAGAUACGGUCAAGACGAGGCAGCAAGGCGAUCCAACCUUUCCCCCUAGAUAUACGUCGAUGACCUCAUCAUAUGCGACCAUUUAUCGACAGGAAGGUCUUCUGCGAGGUCUUUACGGUGGAGCGGUCCCUGCAUUUUUCGGCUCCUUUCCCGGCACUUUGAUCUUCUUCGGUGUGUACGAGUUCACCAAGCGACAGAUGAUUGAUGCCGGCAUCAAUGCAAAUCUGGCCUAUUUGUCUGGAGGUUUCUUUGCGGACCUGGCCGCUUCUAUUGUCUAUGUCCCUUCGGAGGUCCUGAAGACGCGACUGCAACUCCAGGGGCGCUAUAACAACCCUCAUUUUAUUUCUGGAUAUAACUACCGCUCCACUCGGGAUGCUCUUCGCACGAUCGUCCGACAGGAAGGAUUCUCCGCGCUCUUCUAUGGAUACCGAGCUACCAUCUACCGCGACCUUCCCUUUUCUGCCUUGCAAUUCGCCUUCUACGAACAGGAACACCGACUGGCAAAGGAGUGGGUCGGAUCCCGAGACAUUGGUCUCGGUUUGGAGAUCUUGACCGCGGCAACUGCCGGUGGAAUGGCUGGUGUAAUAACGUGUCCUAUGGAUGUUGUGAAGACCCGCAUCCAGACCCAGCAGAACCCGGACAAAAAGGGUUCUGCUUCGUCAAAACCGGCCGCGGAACAUGCGUCGAUCAAGGAAAGCCCCCGACAGCACACAUCAACCCAGACGCCAUCGAGUCUGCGAACGCACUCGCGGCCCAUUUCCACUGGCGGCGCUUCGACCUCGGUGGCACCGCCCGGCGCACCUCGCCUGGACACAUCGUCGUUCUUCACAGGCCUCAAGAUGAUCUAUCAAGCGGAGGGUAUUGCCGGUUGGUUCCGCGGAGUCGGACCACGAGGAGUAUGGACUAGCAUUCAGAGUGGGACGAUGCUGGUCAUGUAUCAGUACCUGUUGAAAAAGCUGGAGUCGUACCAGAACAUGGGCGAGAUGAACCCCCUUUAAUCGGCCGGGCUUCUUUGUUGCAUAUACGCGGCCGCAACGAAGGGGAAGUGUCUUGGCGACACUUGUGGAUAAUAUUGUAUUAUCGUGGCAUUGGGGACUACGUGGGGUGUUUGGCGUUCUGGUACAAGGAUGUUACAUGAUCUCUCUCUCUUCUAUUAUCACCCAUUCGCCUUGAUGGGUCUGGGGCAUGGCCGCAUCUUGUCAUGUUCAUACACCCCUGCUCCGGACCUGGAUGGCUUACAUAGACCUUUUAGACAUGGCUAAUCACGCAAAGAUGUACAUUAUAUUAUAAAAUGGAUAGACCAAAUCAAC